AUGCGAGCAACGCGAGCGUCAUUCUAUAUUUGCGACGCACCGCUUCCGACCUCUCCAACCCUUCCAUUGCAUCGCUUCGACAUAAUUUGCUGGGCAAAGUCAGUCACAUUCGAGUCCACUCCUCAUUGCAAACCUCAUGUAAUCCCUACUAUGCUACUAAGGAACAAAGGCGACCUUACCAGUUCAUUUCGCUGUACAUUACCUUCCUCAUCUUGCUACACAUUACUUCCCUCAUCUUGCUACGCAAUGUUUCACCAAUUUUGCUUCCUUGGUCGUUUUCAAGCCCGGAAGAAGCCUAAACACUCGCAAAGCUCCCAUGAAGCAUUUGGACAAGCUUCUGAAGGUCUCAGGGUUGGACUCGAUAGGCCUUUUGCCGCGUCCCGCUAUCCAACUUGUUUAGCUCACCAGGGCAUCGCCCCUUACAGUAUGUGGUGUACGGGUUUCCUUUCUACAGUGGACCCUGUCGAUGAUGCCUAA